ACCCCUUGGGGUCCUCCAUGUCCUCAUUGCCUUGGUGUGCCCUCUGCAGCCCUGUGAAGACGUGGGAGUGGUGGAUCAGCCAUGAAGAUCCUGUACCUGCUCUUCCCCUUGCUCCUCCUGCUGGUCCAGGGUGCUGCAGCAUGGGAUAACACACUCAAAUGCAAAUCAACCGGGGGAUUCUGCGCAUUUGUGAAAUGCCCCUCUGGUACAAGAGCUGCUGGAAAAUGUACUUCUACUUACUGUUGCAAAAGUACCUGA